AAACACAACAACACAACAAACCCACGGAUUGUGAUGUGUUUUGUGCGACAAUUCAGUGAUUAGUGUAUUGUUUGUAAUUGCAGUCAAUGUUUGAUUGCAUUAAUACUGCACUCAAUAUAGUCGUCAAUCAUAUGAUCCAAACAAACACUAAUCCAUUGAUUGGUUGACUCGUCCAAAGCACUCAUACCAUACACACAGUGAUAGACCGAUAGACAGAGUGGUAGACAGAGUGGUAGACAGUGUGGAGUGAAUGGUGUGGUGGUUGUGGUGUUUGUGGUGAUGCCGUCCAAGAAGAAGAAAUAUAACAGUCGUUUCCCUCCGGCGAGGAUCAAGAAGAUCAUGCAGUCGGACGAGGAGGUCGGCAAAGUGGCACAAGUGGUUCCCAUCAUCAUCUCCAAGGCGUUGGAGAUGUUUGUGCAGUCAUUACUGCGCUCGUCAUCAGAGAUCACCCGAAGCCGUAACGCACGGACUCUCACUCCCAAUCACAUAAAAGCAUCGAUUCUAAGCUGCGAUGAGUUCCACUUCUUGCGAGACAUCGCGCAGACCAUACCUGACGUGAAUCCCGGGGCCGACGGUGACGACGAAGAGGGCGCCACCAGUGGGUCUGCGACGCCGUAUCCGCACAACUCGACCAACAGAAGCACUCAUCCCAUGUCGGCCUCAGGACAGGCGGCGGCCACUGUACUGUUGGCGUUAUCAAAGAUAAUGCCAGCAUUCAGGUCGAUGGCCAUGAGUGGUGGGGUCGACAUCACUGGUUGUGCCGCUAAUAGUGUUGUCAGUGUAGGCGACGACCCUUUGGGCGAUUUCGAUGCGUUCAUGUCGACCGCCACCGGAAUGUUAGGCAACAAGAACUCGGAUUGUGUUGAGCACUGGGAUAGGCUUUGGGACGAGAGCUGUGAUGAUAUCUGCGAUGGCUGUCUAUAG